UGUUGGUCACACUUCCAAUGGCAAGUCGACGGUUAUUAAUAGCAUGCUUGGCCAGCUCAUUCUACCAAUAGGAAUUGGACACACCACGUGCAGCUUUUGCUCGGUGCAUGGCACUGACGGAGACGCUUAUAUGAUAGUUUCCGAUCCUUCCGACUCUUGUCCUGCCAAGGACGGCCAUAUGAAUUCUCAGGAAAGUUUGUUAUCGGUAUUGAGCGAAUCUUCUGAAGAUAAUCAUCAGAAAGAAGGUGAUACUGCUUCAAUUAGAAAAGACAGUAUGAAAAAGUUUCGUUGCAGCCUUACUAAUGUUGCUCAGGUGGCAAGCGCUGUCAGCCCCCAUUCCACCAAUCCGACUACAAGACGCCUCGUUAAUGUUUUUUGGCAAAAAAAUAAGUGCAAAUUAUUAAGAGACGAAGUGGUAUUGAUAGACUCUCCCGGGCUCGACCUUGAUAGUGAUUAUAAUCGCUGGAUUAACGAUUAUUGCACUGAUGCUGAUGUUUUUGUAUUAGUGGCCAACGCAGAAAGUACACUCAAGCAAACAGAACGGGAGUUUUUUUAUAAAGUUUUAAAAAAGUUAUCAAAGCCCAAUAUCUUUAUGCUUUAUAAUCGUUGGGACAGUUCUGAUAUGGAACAUUUUAUUGAUGAAAGAAAUGCUACUAUACCGCACAAAGCCAGACUUUAA